AUGGUCCUCGGUUUCGAACGCAUCAAUGAGCGCACUCAACGACCCAACGCCCACAUUAACUUCAUACGCACGCUUCCGGGUCCAACAUCCGCUACUGCCGAGAACAUCCUGAACCGUGUCGCAGCCAUAUGCUAUCCUUUCAUGAAGUCACACAUGAUCCUAGUCCAGGCGCUCGAGGAGUUCCCGUAUAACAACGAGUUUGUUGGUCGCAACUUCAAUGCGGGCGAGGUCAUACAGCUGGUGCUGAGGGAUCGCAAUGGAAGAUGGCUACCCCAGAGAAUGGUUGAAAUGGUUAUGGUGCAUGAACUUGCCCACUGUAAGCAGAUGAACCACUCAAAGGCCUUCUGGAAGGUGCGCGAUGCAUACGCGGUAGAAUUAAGGGCACUCUGGGCGAGAGGCUACACUGGCCAAGGGUUAUGGGGUAGGGGCAGGGAGCUUGACACUGGCGCAGUGCAGGCCAGCGAGACAGAUCAUGUAGAUGUCCCUGAACAUCUUUGUGGAGGUACUUAUGCUCGAAAGGGCGGGAAGAGGAAGCGUGGCGCAAAGGAGAAAUCGACAUUAACGUAUGCGGAAAGAAAGCAGCGGAGGAUUCUCAAGAAAUUUGGCGCUGGAGGGAAGGCUCUAGGCGCGGAUGAAGACACCAAGGUGAAGCUGGAGAACGGAGUAGAGAAAAAGAGCAAACCGAGAGUCGCAGGAAGCGCGCGAGGCCGGGAUUUAAGGGCAGCAGCGGCAUUAGCACGUUUCGACACGACGAAGAAAGGCGAAGCCACAGUCAAAAAGGAAGAACCCAUGUCGGACAGCGAUACGGAGGAUGAGUUCAUCGAGGGUGACCAAGAUGGUGCAGCAAUCGACGUGGAUGGCAAGAGCAUGCUCGACGAUAAAGGCCGUGCGCUCGUCAAGGUUUGCGAAGAUGAUGAUGACGACAAAGAUGGCGAUGCAAAAAGGGAGUUGGUCGAGAUACAAGGCUUUGCCGCCUCACGCAAAGGAUCUAACCGGCUGCCGGUGUCGAACAAUAUCUCACACAACUCGCGACAAUCAAAACAGACCACGAAGAGUGCUCCGUCGACCGUUAAAACCAAACCCCAUACCACAUCAGCACAAGGCACUGUAUCAUCAGGCAUCUCAUCUACAGAGCUCAAUACACGCAACCCCGAACCGUCACGCCCCGCACCUGGCCAGCCCCGCAGUUCAUCACCAUCUGUCUCAUUCGUGUGCCCCAUCUGUUCUCUGGAGAACGAUGCCGGAGCCCUUACAUGCAUGGCGUGUGCUCAUGUGCUUCAGAAGGACUUUGUCGUAAAUAGUUGGGCAUGCAAGAGUUCAACCUGCAAAAGAAGCCAAUACAUCAACGCUGGAGAUGCAGGCGUGUGCGGUGUUUGUGGAUCGGCGAGGUACAGGUGA